AUGUCCUCCCUACAACUGCAAGAGCCCACCCCAACAAUAACCAGCUUUGCGCUGCACACCAUGGGCCCCUCUCUACAAGGCUACCUCGACAUAAAAGUGCACCACCUCGUGCCUUCCCAACCUUGGACCGAAAUAGAAGUUGUAGGCCACCAUACCCGUUCCGCGCCAGCCAUCAUCUACAACCUCGAAAAGACCGACAAAUCUUUCAACUUUCAACGACCCACCGCCACGAUCCUGGGAGAGGGAAAACUACGCAUCAAUUGUUUUCCAGGGAGAGACUAUGUAAAACACUAUGCCAAUAUCGUAGCGACGCAUUUAGCAAUCGAGGGGAAAGACCCGGGCAUCGUAAAGAUUACACUACCCCAAGAAAACGCAGGGUAUGAAGAAUUCAUGAACUCGAAUCUGAGGGGUUUAGCAGGGGACAAAACAAAUCUGGUAAUUGUAGGAUCGAUUCCGAGAGAUACAUUGAGAUCAACAGAACCGUGGAAAGAUGAAGAAGAUGAGAAUGAGUUAUUUUCAUGGCAGACGGUUACGAAGAAGAAUGGAUUCAAAGUCACGAUAUUGAAAUGUCGAACGAGUUUCUGGGGGGAUUUGGCGGGGAAUCUCGUGAGAUGUGUGAAGGAAAUCUGUGGGGAUUCUUUGCAAUGCGUGAUCUAUGUUGGGAAACUAGGCGCGUUGGCGCAGGAAUAUACGCCUAAUAGGACGUUGGCGACGGGCUCGAAGAGUUUCGUUAAUGGGGAGUUGGUCGAGUGGGAAAAUCCGAUGAGUGGGGAGAUUCUGGGGAAGGUGGCCAGAGGUGUGCAUUAUACGUCGGCUUCGGUGCUGGAUGAAGAUCAUGCGUGGUUGGAAAAGGUGAGGAAGGAGUUUUGUUGGGUGGAUCCGGAGAUUGGUCAUAUGGCUGUGGCGGCGAGGGAAAAGGGGGUAGGGUUUGGGUUUUUGCAUGUGGUGUCGAAUAAUUUGGCCGGGGGGUUUGAGUUUGAUUUGGCGAAUGAAAGGGAGAGGGUGGUGGUUGAUGAUAGGGUGGUAAUGAAUAAGUGGAUUGAGAGAAUUUUGAAUGGCUUUGUGGAAGAGUUGGAUGAGAAAGUAGGGGGAAAAGCCUAA